AGGGAGCGAUAAUCGUCCUAAGAAAUCGACCAUCUUAUUCGUCAAACACAAAUCAGCGCUUAUCAGAGGCAUUGCCUACGAGUCCUGUUCAACGAUGCAGUGCCAUAUUUGCCGAUAGCAUAGACACAUAUUUCUGAACUGUGAAGAUUUGUAGCGUUUGCUUCAAUGCUUUUCAUCUUUGGCAGCCUUUAGAGAAAGUCGUGUUCGACGUAUAGUCGAUUUGUUCGUCAGUAUGAUGAUUCAAAAACUGUUUAAACUCGUCACCCAUCAAAAAACAUUCAGCACGGAAGAUUUAGUGCUGAAUCCAAAGGAACAUCCGGAUCUGAAGCUGAACAAUAUUGUUGAAAUUUACCUACCGGAAGAUGAAGGAUGUCGUUUGCUGCUGCAGGUGACGUGUCUUAACAAGGACUUUAAUUCGCGCGAAACCAUCAGCGUUGAGGUGAAUGUGGCCACCACGUUUAACCUGAAGGCGUACAACGAUGUAUACAUGCGUGUGGUUGAUCCGACCGAAGUGACACUUGAUUCGGUCGAAAUUACCUUCAAAGAUCAGUACAUCGGUCGGUCCGAGAUGUGGCGGCUCAAGACGCGUCUCACCAACACUUGCGUGUAUCUAAACAAAAAAAUCGAAUACUGCGAGGGUUGUAUCCGCUGCCAGGUGUAUGAGAUGUGGGCACAGGGCGAGCGAGUUGCAUGCGGUGUUAUCAACGAGGACACGAAGGUCGUUUUUCGCAGUAACACUUCGAUGGUGUACCUGUUCGUGCAAAUGUCCUCCGAGAUGUGGGACUUUGACAUUUACGGCGAUCUGUACUUCGAGAAGGCAGUGAACGGGUUUCUGGCGGAUCUGUACAAAAAGUGGCAGAAGCUGGGCAGCAACCACGAGGUCACGAUUGUACUGUUCUCGCGUACGUUCUAUGCGGCCAAGGGGUUGGAAGAGUUUCCGGCUCAUAUGCGCGAUUGUCUGCAGAUCGACUACCGGGGAAGGUUCUACGAAGACUUUUAUCGGGUGGCUAUUCAAAACGAACGAUGCGACGAUUGGAGCACAACGCUGGUUCAACUGCGUCGACUGUUCACUGGGUACCGGGACGUUGUACUGAAGUACCACGAGCGAGCCGACUUGCCUAACCUGCAAAUUCCACCCGCUACCAAUUCCACCGCCGCCCAGGGCAACUUUCUCGAGGUGCUAAACAUUUCGUUGAACGUGUUCGAAAAGCACUACCUCGAUCGAAGCUUCGAUCGAACGGGCCAGCUAUCGGUCGUAAUAACGCCAGGUGUUGGCGUGUUCGAAGUCGAUCGCGAACUAACAAACAUCACGAAACAACGAAUCAUCGAUAACGGCGUGGGAAGUGAUCUUGUUUGUGUCGGCGAGCAACCGCUGCAUGCUGUACCGUUGUUAAAGUUCCAUAACAAGGACGCACUUACCUCGAUCGAUGACUAUUCUAUGCCACACUGGAUCAAUCUGAGUUUCUACUCGACGAACAAGAAGAUCGCAUACUCCACGUUUGUGCCUCGUAUCAAGCCGCCACCAGCGCUUGGAGGCAGUACCGAACCACAACAGCCAAGAGCAGCCGGGGCCGCCCGGUUACGGUUGCCAAAAAAGCCAGCCGACAAGAAGAACGAGUACAUUCACAACUGUCUGUUCGAUUACGACGCAUACGAUGAUCAGAUCUUCCAGCUUCCGGCCGUUCACGGUACGAGCUCGCUGCAACGGAUGGCUCGCACGAAGAAAACCUCCGUGCCUAGUCUGGAUGGGUUCGGUACAUAUGCGAGAACCUGUGAAUGGGAACCGGAAACCGUGUGUCAGACACGCCUGCGACGAAAGAUGUCCGAUCCGGACAUUCACCACACGUCCAACAGCUUACUUAACGUUAGCGUUGCCUCGCACAGCAGCUCGCCCAACACGAGCGAUAUCCUGGGCAUGCCCAAGCCGAACCUAGCCUCGGCGGCCAUCAUCGAGGGUCGUGCUGGUGCCUUCGGUUCAUCCAGUGGACCCGUCGUACGCACCGGCCGUGCCUUAAUCAAUCCCUUCGAUCCAUCACAUGUUACUAUAAAGCUCACUUCAAACCGUCGCCGAUGGACUCAUAUAUUCCCCAAGGGUCCCCAAGGGGUGCUGAUCCAGCAGCAUCACUAUCAAGCUGUACCGGCAACCACACAACCCCCGAACUACUAUGUGGACCUCGAUUCCAGCAGCGAGUAUGCGCACACGUCCACUUGCACCUGGGGUCGGGCUAGGCACGGUAGUACUGCGUCGUUCGAUAGUCGCCUAAACGAAGACGAUCUUAAAUGGAUUACAGAAAAUGGAGGUGGUCGUAAAAAAUCUAUACUCCAUUCGCCAGCCGGCCCCCACGUCCCGGGGACCCCGUCGAAAAGUCUUACCCUGCUCUGGGGAGCCACGGGUGAGCAGGAGUGGACGUCGGCCCUGACCACAGUCGGAAAAGUGAUCAUAGGAGUCGACUGGAAAUCGCUGACCAUUCCGGCCUGUCUGCCCAUUACGACCGACUAUUUUCCGGACAAGCGGUCACUGCACAAUGACUACGUCGUGUCGGACUACACACUGCUGCCGGAAGACUUUAAUGCUGACUACGCGCAAAACCGAGCCGUCUACAAGAAGCCUCUUUCGACGGACGAGGUGUUUAAGGAGCUGGUUUCCCAACGGCUAGCGCAGGGAUUCCAAUUGAUCGUGUUACCGGACAAGAGUGCAACCAAUCCACCACAAGCACCCUGCUGCGGUGGCCAGCUGCAACCUCAGUCGUACUUUUCUAAUGCGGCCAGCAGCGUACUCCGACGGCAACCACCACAGGAGCCGACCAAAGAAUAUCUGCUUUCGAUAGGGCGCAUUUUCCAUCGGAUUUCGCUCAGCGGAUCCGCCAUCACCGUGACGCGCUACCGACCUCGCCAUCCAUAUCCACCGAUCAACGUCGACUAUCGCUACCGGUUCCAUGCACCCCAGCACGAUACGUACGAGGUGAGCGGCGUUAACUUUACCACGGAGAAGCUGGAAAACUUCAACUGGAACUACAUGGACCAGUACAUCUGCACACGCGGUGACACGGACUAUCCGCUGCACGAGAACAUGAAAUACUGGCGCUAUCGAAUGUAUCUGCUGCCGAAGGACGAUCCGGCGAUGAAGAAAAUCCUCGACGGCACGGUGCGCCAUUGCGAUAUCUACCACGAGGACAGCCCGUUCCCGUCGGACAAGCAGAUUUGCAACGAUUUCGUGCGCUUUGUCGAAGCGCAUCUGAACAAGAUCAAAAAGAUACAACCAGCCAAGAAGGCUAGGGGAUGUCCACGCCAAACGCACCUUACGAGACGACGCCACAGUACCAGCAUCCUGUCCCGGCCUCCUCCGAACCAGCAUGGUGGAUGGGUUAAAAUGUACUAUAACGGCACGGCCAGCAAUGGCCACAACCUGCACCACCACCACCCUCAUCAUCAUCACACUCCCGAACGCUUUUAUUUUCCUAGCACUCUCACCGGUAACAGUAUCCUGACGCGUGCCGGCUCGAAAGUGCUGGACAAAAGUGGCAGUGCCAUACAAACGCCCCCACCGUCGACCGGUGGAAGUGGCAGCGGUGGCACCACCUCCUCGUCCGCUACCCCGACCACACCGACGCCGACGACGACGCUACCGACAGCAACCACCUCCACCACGCCGAUGAUGGUCAGCUCGAUCGGCGGAAAAACGACGGUCGAUGGAAUCCCGCUGUCGACGCUCAAUUCCGCCGCCGAGCAAGGCCUGCCGGAGGAUACGGACGAUUUUACCGGAGAAAGCUGCAAGCUGAAGCCGACCGCGACGUUGCAGGAGAUUUUCGACGCACUAAGACACCCGGUGCAUGGCGUCGGCUUUCUGGGACCGGCCCAGAGUAUGCCGUCGUGCACGUUCGUGUCGUAUGAUGCGAUCACGUGGCUUCAGAACCGCAUCGAGGGGCCGUGCCAUCCAGUGGACAUCCUGGAAGAGAUGAGACGAAAUCGCCUGAUCUGUCACGCGUCCGGGGACUUUAACAAACCCGUCGUGCCCGGAUUCUGCCUGUAUUACAUCGCGCGUCAAGACAAGGAAUCGCCGGAGUACGUGCCGCCUCUCGGUGAUUUGGCUGCUUUCGAGAACGAAUGGAUGGAGGUGGAGAUCCAGCAUCCGGAUCUGACGAAACCGCUCGACGCGCACGAUCGUGGCUUACCGGCAUUCCUGCGCGAAUCACUGGAUGCUGAGGGGCAGGACCUGGUGGAUGGACUGCUGUACAAGCAGACCCACCUGGAGAUUGACGUUUCCGGCAAGUCCGACCGCACCGAGUGGGGCCACGCCCGGUACCACCAGCGCAUGAUACCGGGCCACGCGUACGAGAUCGUCGUCCAGUGGAUCACGGCGUCGGGUCCGAUCGUGUACGACCUCAUCUACGGCUGGUGCCGGAAGGCACAACCUUGCGGCUUCCAGCUCGUGACCAUCCCAGCCGACCCGCUGGCCGAACCGUUCACCGAAAAGUCGGACCCGUUGCGUGGUCCAAUCUUCAUACCGCUCGAUACCGACUGCCUUAACCAACACUCGAGCUUCCUGUUCGAGGAGUUCCCCAAAGAGUCGUGGCCGCGGCGACUACUGCUGUUCCAGGAGGAGAUCGUACGCCGCUUCGGUUUCAUGCGCUGCACGGUGGAAACGAAGACGGGCUCGAAUCAGGUCUCGCUCGACUACCAGUACGUGCACUGCAGCGGUAACAUGUUCAUCAUGGUGCCUAACCCCAACAUGGGUCUCCGGUCUAGGCAGCGGUUGGCUUCCGGUGGGAGCAACUUCAAGAAACCGGUCCACUUCAUCAACCGCUACUCGGCGUCCUACGAGGCACAAGUGGCCGGACCAGGUCAAAACGGGGGCACAACUGGAGGGAGUGGCAAUGCCGGUGGAGGUGCCGGCCAUGAACCGUCCUACAUUACGCGCCACGUCACCGGGAAAGGCGCAACGAAGGACGAUUUCGAUGUCAUGCGGCGCACCGGGUUCCUGUGGUCUUGGAACCACAUGAUACCGAACAAGCGCUGGAAGUCACUCGUCAUCUCGCAGACGGACGAUCUCUUCCAGUUGAAGAUGCUGCGCGACUUCAAGGAGUUUUGUGCCAACGCAGACCAGCGGCUGGUCAACUUCUGGGAGUCCUGCUGGGAGCUGAAGGAGAAGGCAUCGAUCGAACGUACCUGAAAAUGAAAAAAAAGAGCGAAGCGAUCGCUUGGCACGAGAUUGGGGUUUUAUAAAGGACCGCGAGGAAAAAUUAAGACAAUUUCUUGGUCCAUUU